AUGCUGGCCACAAAACCUGAGGCCGUUCUCUGGACAGCUCCUCUCUCAUUCUCUCCAACCGUCGGGCUCGUCGCGAUGCGGUUGGAUGAGACUGUGCACUAUUCGCUCGGCGACGCGCACCAGUGGGACAUGCUCAUACCCAAAGGGGGACACGUCGUGCGCGUGGAUGGCCCUACCGGCGUUCAAGAGCCGUACACAGUCGCUUUAUUCCAUCAGUUCAAAUGCCUCGACGUCGUCCGCGCCGCGGUCGUGGACGGCCGAGAAAAUCGCCUCAACGCAUCUUCACCGUUGACCCGACAUUGCUUCAACUAUCUCCGUCAAGCGAUUCUGUGCAAACCCAACCUGCGCUUGGAAUCGCUGAAGAAUGCCACCGGCUUUGCAAGCAUAAUUAGGAAUGAUCUAGUUUGUAACGACUGGACUAGUAUCUAUGCAGCAGCGGAGACAAAUCACAGAGAAUACGCACGUAUAAAGAAUGGGGUGACUUCCGAAUUGUAG